GACGAUUAGAAUGACAAUUAUGAAGAUGCACUCAACAAUGAUGCCCAGAACUCAAAUUUCAGCAUGGACAGAAUUAUGAGAGGUAGAGGGUGCCAAAGAGAGCAAAAUCUGACGAGGUGGGAAGAUCAGCAAGAUCGUGACUUAGGUAGCAUCAAGAUGAAGAUUCCUCCGUUUCAAGGCAAAAAUGAUCCAGAUGUGUAUUUGGAGUGGGAAAAGAAGGUGGAAUUGAUGUUUGAUUGCCAUAACUAUUCUGAGGAGAAAAAGGUGAAACUAGCAGCUGUAGAAUUUACUGAUUACGCUGUGGUGUGGUGGGAUCAGCUUGUGCUUAGUCAACGUAGAAAUCGAGAGUGUCUUGUUGACACUUGGGAAGAGAUGAAAGCUGGCCUUACUCAAGGGUCCAAAAGCGUUGAGGAUUAUCACAAAGAGAUGGAAAUUGCAAUGGUUAGAGUGAAUGUAGAAGAGGACGGAGAAGCAACUAUGGCACGGUUUCUGCAUGGCUUAAAUGGUGAUAUAGCUAAUGUGGUAGAGCUGCAGCAUUAUGUGGAAUUAGAAGAUAUGGUGCAUAUGGCGAUGAAAGUAGAACGGCAACUCAAGCGUAAAGGAGCCACCAGCAGAACUGGGCAAAAUUCAGGUUCCUCAUCUUCUUGGAAACUGAAUUGGAGCAAAAAGGAAGAAAAUUCUGCUUUUAAGCCUAAAACUGCAGCAUCUAAGUCAAAAGAAGGGCAUGUUGCAUCACAAUGUCCUAAUAAGCACAUGAUGAUCUUGAGAGAAGAUGGAGAAAUUGAAACCGAGGGUGAAUCUGAUGAUGAUUCUAUGCCACCAUUAGAAGAUGCUAAUGAUUGUGUGGAAUAUGCUGUUGAUGGAGAACUGCUCGUCACCAAGCGAGCUUUGAAUGUGCAAGCCAAAGAAGAUGAUGAAGUACAACGUGACAAUAUAUUUCACACGAGGUUCCAUGUCAAAAACAAGCCUAUGUUUGUGCUUUUGUAUAAAGAUGCUUAUUUCAACACUAACGAACUUAAUGAUUCUUUGCCUAGUGUUGUUAAAUCUCUUUUGCGGGACUUCAAGGACUUGUUUCCAGAGGACAUCCCUAAUGGUUUACCACCAAUAAGAGGAAUUGAGCAUCAGAUUGACUUCAUUCCAGUUCCAGUGCUACUUGUGCCUAAGAAGGAUGGAACUUGGCAUAUGUGCGUUGAUUGUCGCACUGUCAACAAAAUCACUGUAAAGUAUCGUCACCCUGUUCCUAGAUUAGAUGACAUGUUAGAUGAACUGCAUGUAGAGGAAGAAAAGAUUAAGGCUAUUAAAGAAUGGCCAACACCUAAGAAUAUUUCUGAGGUGCGGAGUUUUCAUGGUUUGGCAAGUUUCUACCGGAGAUUCAUCAAGGACUUCAGCACAAUUGCAGCUCCAUUGACAGAAAUCGUGAAAAAAAGUGUUGGAUUUAAGUGGCAAAGUGAACAGGAGAAUGCUUUCAAUUUGAUUAAAGAGAAUUUAAUUUCUGCACCACUACUUGCUUUACUUGAUUUUACUAAAACUUUUGAAAUUGAAUGUGAUGCAUCAGAUAUUGGCAUUGGCGCUGUUUUGAUGCAAGAGCAGCGGCCUAUUACGUUUUUUAGUGAAAAAUUGACUGGUGCAGCACUUUUGAUGAGAACCCCAAAGAGAACAAUGAGACCCACAGCUCGACAAGGGAUUUCUAAACUCUAGGAAAGCUAAAUCAGGUUUAUAAUAGGACCUUGACCCGUUGUUUAUGUCGCAACAAGAACCAAUGGUAAAAACCUUGAUCCGUUGUCUAUGACGCAACAAGAACCAGAGGUAUAAAGUUGGUUGAUGCCA